AAGCAUAUGGCAACCCUGUUCAUCGCCAUGGCAAUCGGUGGCUUGUUCAACUCUUGUUUUGAACAAUUAUAAUUAUAAUAUAAGCAUAAUCUUAAUAUAAAGUUAACCAUGAGGCAUGAGUGAUACCGAUACGGACGACACCGAUCUGCUGCUCCUGAUACCACCGAACUUCUGCGCAGAGGACAAAAUGAGCGCAUGCGCGGCGGCAGAUGCACUGGCCAUGCCCCCGCCCCCACCCCCGGCGUCCACAAGUGCGGCGUACCAGUUUCUGCAUCCCAGCAAGAAAUCGGAGCUGAAUAGCAUUAAUGCCCGGCUCCAGAACAUCGCACUGGAUGCGGAGGAGCCUCCCUCGGACAUUUCUACCAUAUCCACAAAUACUGUGAGGAACGCUGGACGGCCAGACAGAGAGCUCCAUGGCAUGGUCCACUCCACGCCGAAAAGUGGGUCCAUUGAGCCACUGCGCCAUCGACCUGUAGACGAUAACUUCCUUAUCGAAAUUGACCACUACCUAGACGACAAUAACGCGCACCGCUGGCAGAGGCACGAUCACCACCUGCACCACCGCAGCGAUGACCAUCUUAGGAACGAGCGAGUGGGUCAGGAGGGUCAUCCAGGAACCACCUCUCUGCCCAGCAUGAGACUGGCUUCGUCCUCCUCCGGCGCUGUUUCUGUGGAAGCAGCCAGAGUCGAUCGCAACAGCUUAAGCGAGAACAAGAUCAUUAGCCUAAGUGAGCUCUGGGGCAAGAGCAGUUUGACCAAAACUGUACUCGACAACCACUCUCCCAACCGGAUAUUGUGCAGCUCUUCCCUGAAAGAGGAACAACUCAGAAGGCAGCAUCUUGAGAAAACUGUCCACACACUGCAGUCCCAACUUCUGGAGUACCAGCAGCGUAUCUCGGUGGCUAUCGAGGUGGAUCGUUCCAAGGAUGUUGCUCUCACCGAUGCAGAGCAAACAGUUCAAAGUCUCAACUACGAGGUUCAGCACCUGCGGGACGCUGUCCACCGGCUGGAAGCGGACAGGGGCGAGUCUCAGAGCAAGUUUGAUGCUCUGCAGAACGAGUUGGCGCAGGCUGUCAACUUGGCCACCAAGUUCCAGGAAAAGAAUGAUAAACUCGAAAGAGAGUUGGACCAUUGCAGGCACGAUGCCAGGCAAUGGGACGAAAGAAUGGAGCAACUGGAAAUGCAACUAAACAGCAGCAAAAGAGCUGAGGAGCUGUCUCAUGCCGAGCUUAAUAAGCUCAGGGAUAAGUUUGCCAAGGUGGACUACCAGCAAGAAAAGCUAAAAGCGCGAAUAGAGGAACUGGAAAAGGACAAGAACACGCUCACUAACCAAAAGGAUAUGCUGCAGGAAUAUCAUCAAAAACAGAAAGCAAGAGCGGAUUCCUUGGAGAGCCAGCGUAAAUCCCUACAAGAAACUCUGGCCAAUCUAACAGAGACUGAGACCAAUCUCAAAAAAAAGCUUGAGAUACAGCAGAAAUCUCUCAAGCAAUACUACCAACAGCAAAUGGAAAAUGUCGUGGCCAAGAAGAUGCAGGAAUUCCAGGACCAGCUGGACAAGAAUGAGGAGCAUUUAAAGAACGAAGCUCGUGAGCGCGAACGACUCAUUGCUGAGCGGGCCGUGAAGCAGCUUGAAAUGAUCAACGAGAAGAACAACCAGGAACUGAAUCUCAUCCAGGAAAAGCACAACGAGGAGGUGGAGCUGUACCGCCUCCAACUAGCGAAUGCCUCGAAAAAGAUCGAUGAAAUGGAUCUCAAGCUCAGCUGUUACAAAACUAAGCGUGCUGAUAUUGCGGAGAAGCUACACGGGGUCAUGGAGGCCCAAUGGCAGCAGGCCCUUGCCAUACUCACCACUCCUAGUCAGAACUCCAUCAUGCAAGCCAGUGACACUGAAGGGGAAUCCCCGGACCUGAAUAAUGCACGCAUGUAUCCAGAAACGCCCAAAACGAGCAAAUCGCAGCGCAGCAACAGCACUGAAAAGAAUAACCUGGAUGUGGUGGGCAAACGGGAUCCACCCUCGCCGAUGGACAAGCUGCAGGCCUACAUUGAACUGCUGCUCAGCAAGUCGCCCAGUGAUUUCGACAGACUCGACGAGAUCUUGGCCAUGACGGCCAAGCAGGGAAGCAAGCAAACCAAACCAAAGAGUGGAAGUGGAAACAGUAAGCCUCCUCCCUGGAAGUGCUGACAACGAGAGAAGCUCAUAACAAGUAAUAUUGUAUCUAGAGAUACCUGUAGUAUAAUAAGCAUGAAUCCCUCCUUGAACGGAUACUACGAUGGACAUUGUAGUUGUAUAUUUUUCUAUGGAAUUCUAAAAGUAAAUAGAUUAGUUUUUGCAAAA